AUGCACCAACAGAGCAGGGAUAGCAUCGCUGUUGCAAGAAGUGAUGCUGCUGCUGCUGCUGCUGCACUACUCGCCCUCGCCGGCCAGUGUCUGCUCUCCGGCCGCGCUACCCUGAUGUUCAUGGCUGGCGCUGCCCGGCCCCGCGGUCUCUUUACAGGGCUUGAUUCUGUACCAAAUGGGCCGCCCUCCAGGGGUGCUUGCGAGGGGAAGGGCCACCGCCGCCUUCCGGGAAACCUCUGGCGGGUCUUUGUGGCCCCUCCCUUUUCCGAACGAGUCUGCCUCAGGGCAGCCAACGGCGUGUCCGGCCUCCACCCGCAAAAUGCUCGGAGCCCCUCCAGAGCUGGAGCUGGGCCUUCGCCUUUUGUGCUCGAAGUGGGGCCGUUGGUGCUUCGAGUGAGAACUCCGGGUAUUGGCGACACUUCCCUGCAUCGGCCUGUGGGCUUCGGCGGGUGUCGGGGGAACAGUUGCGGGGCUGCUUGGGGGAUUCGGCGUGAGGCGCUGGCGCGGCUAGCGUCCUGCUGCCUUCUUUCUGCCGGCGGAGCCGAAGUGGAACCGCAAUUGCCUGUGCAAGCCAUGAAAUUGGAAAGUGCAGCCGACUCGCAGCUGGAGUUCACCAUUGCCACAGAAAGAGAUUUUGAGGAGAUCCUGGCCAUCUCCAAGGGGAUCUAUGGAGGCCUCGACUACCUCCCAAGCCGCUACCAUGCCUGGAUCCAUGAGCCGAAUCGCACCGUUGUGCUGGCCAAGAAGAACGGCGUGGUGAUAGGGCUCCAGUCUGUCUACAUCAUUGAUGCGGGCGAAACCGCCUUAGUGGAGGGACUGCGUGUGGCACCCUGGGAGCGUGGCAAAGGUGUGGCUGGGGUCUUGCAGCGAUUCUGCUCUGCCAUGGUGAAGGAGAAGCAUCCAGAAGUCAAAGUGUCACGCCUGACCCGGGAUGACAAGCUGGGCCCCAAAGACUUGAGGAAGUAUCGCAUCAUUGCAAAACAGGGGAUCCUUCUGGUGCGCUUCCAGGCCCAGGAGGUGCUAUCCCGCUUGGACGCUGCGGUGCUGGCUCAGGGGGGCUUCAGCCCUGAGCCUUCGGAGCUGCUCCUGGAGAACGAGGUCCCAGAGGUCGUUCUGAAGGAGGCUUUUCGGAGCGAAGUCCUGCUGAACCAGACCAUCAUCCAGGACUGGCAGCCCUUCAAGGCCACCCGGAGCAACCUCAGCCUCCUGCAGAAAAAGAGCCUCUGCUGGGUGGUCGACCAGAAGGCCCACCCGACCAUGGCCACCCUGAGCACCCAGCCCUUCUCCAUCCCUCUGGGCAAAGACUGGCACUACCUGAACAUCGAUGCCUUUGGCCGCAACGCAGGCCACCUCAAGAGCCAGCUGGUCCACCACCUGCCUCAGGUGCCCACCCUGCGGGGCGGCGUCAUGUGCCAGCUGUUCCUGGAGCCCCAGCUGUGGCUAGAGAUGGCCGCCUUCUGCCAGGAGGCUCUGGGCCUGGAGCUGGCGAAGGACUACACUGAGCAGUACCUGCUGGAAGCCGACAUCUGA